AUGUCGCUGCCGCACGAGGUGCGCCAGCGCGUGGCCCACGACGCGUCGCCCGAGCAGACCGCAGCGGCUGUUGCCAGCAGCUUUGCCGCCUUUCUCCUGGUCGUCCUCUCGGUCGUGUACCACCGCUGGGGGGCCGCGGGCGUCGUGGUUGCGCUCGCAGCGCUGCUGGCGCUCGGUCUCCGCUGGGUCUAUUGGAAUGGAAUGGGUACAUUUGGCUGGACCAGUCCGUGGCUGCGCGACUCCACUGCGUUUGUCCGCUCGCUCGCGCGUUCGGCUCUGUCCGAAGAGACACUGCGUGUCGUGUGUAUCUCGGACACCCACGCGAGGCAUCGGGAGCUCGUGGACGUCCCAAGCGGAGACGUCCUGCUGCACUGUGGCGACUUUACCCAUCGCGGGACGCACGACGAGGUCUGUGACUUUAACGAGUGGCUCGGGACGCUGCCGCAUGCGGUCAAAGUAGUGAUUGCUGGCGCGCACGACGUCUGCAUGGACGCUGUCGAGUACGACCUGCAGUGGGACAAGGCGUUUCGCCAUCGCGAGUACAACAACCCGAGUCGCUCGCGAGCGUUGCUAGCGAAUUGCACGUACUUGGAAGACCGGUCGGUUGUGAUACGAGGCAUCAAGAUCUUUGGCUCGCCCAUGACGCCACCGGUGCCUGGCCGUCUCGGUGCAUUCAACGUCGCUCGAGGCUUUGCUGACCAGCAGCAUUGGGCCAAGGUGCCGGCUGAUGUCGAUCUCUUGGUGACGCAUGGCCCGCCUCACGGUAUUCUCGACACGACGUUCACCGGGACGCACGUGGGCAGCGAGGCACUGCUCAAGGAGGUCGUGUCGCGCAUUCGACCGCGUUUCCAUGUGUUUGGCCAUGUCCAUGAAGCGUACGGAGCGACGCGUGUCGGAGGGACAGUCUUUGUCAAUGCUGCUAGCAGCCCGUUGGUCGCCGGACCUCUUCACUCGCCUGUAGUGCUGGACGUUCCGCUCAAGCGCUAG